AUGGCUGCCCCCGUUGGAGUCCACCUCGUGGGAAGCCUCCCUCUCGCCGACACCGAGCAGGUGUUCCGCCAAAUCCCCGCCGCCCUACCAGACCGUCUCUACUCGAUUCCAGAUGGCGAGACAGGCGCCCGGCGAAACUACAUUUAUUGGGAGCUCCCCUGCUUUCUCAAAGAGGCCCGGCGCCCAUGGUUACCAGAUACCACCGACAUGCCCGAAGACCACCCCGGCUUCACUCAGGACUCCGUGGCCCCCUCCCAAUACGACGGCGCAGCGCUCCAAUCCUACCAGAAAUUCGUACAAUUGCGCAACCUGUCUCUCAUACCCGCGGGAGUUCGCUUCCAAGUCUCGCUGCCCUCGCCGUUCGCCUGCAUCCAGGGCCACGUGCGGCCCGAACUCCACGAGAAGCUUGAACCGUUCUACGAGCGUCGUUUACUCGACUCCCUGGACACCAUCAUCGCUGGUAUUCCUGCCUCCGACCUGGCUAUCCAGUGGGAUUUGCCCUUCGAAGUAGGUGCCCUGGAACACGAGCGAGGCCGACUUCCCGCAGACUACUUAUUCAGGCCCCAAUUUGCACCCGUCAGACAGGGCCUGCUGGAUCGCAUUCGGUGUCUCUGCGCAAAUAUUCCUCCCGAGGUACAGCUUGGAAUCCAUCUCUGCUACGGCAGCCAGGGGGGCAAGCAUUUCCUCGUACCCGAAGAUCUGGGCGUAUUGGUGGGUUUUGCCAACGAUAUUGCCGAUACGAUUCGUCCGCGUGCGAUAGACUGGCUGCAUAUGCCCGUGCCUAGGGAACGGGAGGACAUGGCAUACUUUGCGCCGUUGGAAAGGUUGACGGUAGAUCAGGAGACUCGGCUGGUCUUGGGGCUAGUGCAUCCCGACGACAAGGAGGGCACUCGACGUCGAAUUAGGGCAGCGCAACAGAUCACUGGCAGGAGGUUCAGCGUGGCAACGGAGUGCGGAAUAGGUAGAAUGUCCAAGCAACAACUAGAUAGCAUCUUGCAGAUCUCGAGAGAUGUUACCCGGUUUACUAUCCCGCAGUUGCAGGCCUCGAGCACCAAUUGA